AUUUAAUGAAUGCAAAUCACUACUGGUGGGCCCCUCGGGUCAAGCAGGCCCGGGGUGGGCCCGGUGGGCCGCCAGCUCCGCACGGCUGUGUGGCGGGGAGGCCUACCCGACGCGCUGCGGGCGCUGACGCAGUGGCGCAUGGGCCGAGAGGCGCCUGGGCAGCUCAGGCGUCGCUUGUGGGAACGGCUAGUAUUAUUGUUCACGCGUAGAUGGCGUUUAUUCAGAAUGACAUCAUGCUAUUUUAUCUAUUGGCAGGAUUGCACGUUUUUCACACGCAAGGAGAUCCUUCGCGUCCACAAGAAGUUCAGGGGGCUGCAGCCCGACGUGGUCCCACGCACCAUGACCCGGGAGGACGCGGUGAACGUCAGGGUGCCGAGGGAAAUCCUCGAGAAGCUCCCGGAGUUGAGGGAGAAUCCUUUCAAGACGCGGAUCUGCGAGGUGUUCUCCUCCGACGACAAGGGUAACUUGUCUUUCGAGGAUUUCCUCGACAUGUUGUCCAUCCUGAGCGAGCACGCCCCUCGGGACAUCAAGGUCUACUACGCGUUUAAAAUCUACGAUUUCGACAACGACCAGUUCCUGGGCCCGUCAGAUCUGCAGCAGACCCUGCAGUUGCUGACGAGGUCCCAGCUUCUCCCGGAGGAGAUGAGCCAGGUGUGCGAGAAAGUGGUGGACGAGUGCGACGUGGACGCGGACGGCAAGCUGUCCUACAUGGAGUUCGAGCACGUCAUCACUCGGGCCCCGGACUUCCUCUCCACGUUCCACAUCAGGAUUUAAACCGAGUUAACUAAACCACUGUGACUGGUGUUAUUUG